AUGACGACGGGGAGCCACCUGGAUGUCGAGACCGGCCGGCCCGGCGGCGGCCGCGGCGGUCCACCCGAAUAUGAGCAGGCGGAGGUCGGCAAUUUUCGCAAAGAUCUGGCCCUUGCUUACAAGACUCUUGGCGUCGUGUUUGGUGGUCUCGUCACGUCUCCCCUCUACGUUUACCCCUCAAUGAACUUGUCAUCUCCUACAAAAGAUGACUACAUGGGGUUAUACAGCAUAAUGUUUUGGACUCUUACUUUGAUUGGUGUGAUCAAGUAUGUAGGCAUAGCACUUAAUGCCGACGAUCAUGGUGAAGGAGGUACAUUUGCCAUGUACUCUCUGUUGUGUAGGCAUGCUGAUAUAGGCAUACUGCCUUCCAAAAAAGUUUAUUCGGAAGAACAGCCUCUACUUCAGAAUCAGUCUGCAAGAGCUGGAAGGCCUAGCUGGCUGGGGAAGUUCUUUGAGCGAAGCAUAACAGCCAGAAGAGCACUGCUGUUCAUGGCAAUACUGGGAAUGUGCAUGCUCAUUGGGGAUGGCAUACUCACUCCUGCUAUUUCAGUAUUAUCAGCGAUUGAAGGGUUGAAAGGGCCAUUUCCUUCUGUCAGCAAGCCUGUAGUCGAAGCUCUGUCUGCUGUGAUCCUUAUCGGCUUAUUCUUACUGCAAAAGUAUGGGACCUCAAAAGUGAGCUUUCUGUUUUCACCGAUCAUGGCAGCAUGGACUUUCACCACUCCAAUUAUCGGCUUGUAUAGCAUUGUUCAUUACUAUCCCGGCAUUUUCAAAGCCAUCUCACCGCAUUAUAUUGUUCGUUUCUUCCUGAGAAAUAAAAAGGAAGGGUGGCGCAUGCUCGGUGGAACUGUUCUAUGCAUCACAGGUGCUGAAGCUAUGUUUGCAGAUCUUGGCCACUUCAGUAAGAAGGGUAUUCAGAUAGCAUUUCUGUCUAGCAUAUAUCCUUCUUUGGUCCUCACAUAUGCUGGGCAAACAGCAUACCUCAUCAACAAUGUUAACGACUUCAGUGACGGAUUCUACAAAUUUGUCCCUCGCCCUGUUUACUGGCCCAUGUUCAUCAUUGCAACGCUGGCAGCAAUCGUCGCAAGCCAAUCCUUAAUAUCUGCAACAUUUUCUGUCAUCAAGCAAUCCGUUGUCCUGGACUACUUCCCACGCGUUAAGGUGGUGCACACGUCCCAGCACAAAGAAGGGGAGGUUUACUCCCCAGAAACCAAUUACAUCCUCAUGGUACUAUGCGUUAGUGUGGUACUAGGCUUUGAUGCUGGAAAUGCGAUCGGAAACGCAUUUGGUGUUGUGGUCAUCAUGGUCAUGCUCAUAACCACAAUCAUGCUCACUCUGGUGAUGAUCAUUAUAUGGAGAACACCACCUAUUCUUGUGGCGCUUUACUUCGUGCCUUUCUUCAUCAUGGAAGGAUCUUAUGUCAGUGCAGUCUUCACCAAGAUCCCUGAAGGCGGGUGGCUCCCCUUUGCAGUGUCCAUCAUCCUGGCACUGGUCAUGUUCGGCUGGUAUUACGGCAGGCAACGGAAGAUGGAGUACGAGAUGGCGAACAAGGUGACCGUGGAGCGCCUCAGCGAGCUCCUGGCGAGGCCGGAGGUGCAGAGGGUCCCCGGGCUGUGCUUCUUCUACAGCAACAUCCAGGACGGGCUCACCCCCAUCCUCGGCCACUACAUCAAGAACAUGAGCUCGCUGCACGCCGUCACGGUCUUCGUCACCCUGCGGUACCUGCUGGUGACCAAGGUUGACGAGCGGGAGAGGAUCCUCGUCAGGAGGCUGGGGCCGAACGGGGUGUACGGCUGCACUGUCCAGUACGGGUACGCCGACAGCCUCGUCGACGGCGACCUCACCGCGCAGGUCACGAGCUCCUUGCGGCGGCACUUUGAGACGACGACGGAGGAGGGGGCGGAGGAGGCCGCGCGCCUGGAGGCGGCGAGGAUGGCCGGCGUGGUGCACGUUCGGGGUAAGAUGAGGUUCUACGUGGGCGAGGACGCCGGUUGGUUCGACAGGGUCAUGCUCGGGUUCUACGAGUUCCUGCACGGCAUCUGUCGCUCCGCACUGCCGGCGCUGGGGACGCCGCUGCAACAGCGAGUCGAGAUCGGCAUGCUGUACAAGGUUUGA